GUUUCACUUCAUCGAUUUGUAUGACGGAUUUGAGGCGUAUCUAAUCGAUAAUAGUUCGUAUGACGUCAUCAUGGGAUCUUUAUGCUAAUCUUUACUACGAAGGAGUACUACAGAAGGUCGAGGGUUUAUAGUGUUUGCUUCGAGAAUCAAUCCACACCUUUGCAAUAAUUGGCUUGAGUUUAGCCCAGAAAUCAAAUCUUACGCAAGUGUAUCGUCUUUCUUGAUUUUGAUGAGAGUGCUUACAAUCGGUCAGCUGGUAAAAUCAUGUGAUAUUCACUCAGUUAGAAGAAAUUAAGAUCAGAACAAGAGGCAUAGUGGAGUUGUAAACACGCAGUUUGGUGUUUGUGAUGGCGACUCGCACAAUGUGGACUUCAAUUGUCUUCGUAUUCUGUCUUUUAAUGGCCAGCUUGACUAUUACUAUAGCUCAAAUGAAUCUUUAUAUUACUAAAAACGAUGUGAACUCCUACCUAAAGAUGAAUUUCAACUUCGAUCUCUACUUGAUCAAAGAUAAUGAACCUGCAAAGCUUUUGCAAGAUCCCAGGGCAUUUUACGAGUUUAUGUCGCCUUUGCCGUCGUCAGUAAAAGGAGUCAAAAUGAGCUGGUUUUCAAGCCCUAAGACUUCAAGUUACAGUAUAAAAGUCUUGUCAAGUGAUACAGAAAUGAUGUCUCAACCAAUUGCAUCCAUUGCUGAUGAAGGAGUCGUUUCUCAUUCAGUCUUCUCGUUUUACAUAUCACUUGUGUGUACUGGCAAGAAAGCAGGCCUUGUGGAUGCGUCAAUGAUGCUCAAUUACACAAGUAUUGUCAGUAGUUCAGUCCAGAGGGCAACACUCAAGCAAUUUACCAUUAAAGUCAGAAGAUACUGCGAUAAAACGGUAAAAGAUCCCGACAAGCAAGCAGAUGGCAUGAAUGCAUGGUCUAGAGGAGCAAUUGUUGGGUUGUCAGCAGGAAUAACAGUCUUCUUGUGUAUCAGUGUUGGCCUGGCAUUGUUGUUUAAGCACUACCUCAGACAAAGGAGACUCAAAAUGGAAUUUGAAGAUGAUUUAGAAAUAGAAGAAAAAAGGCAAUUUGGAUUAAAGAAAGUGAGAAGUCUUCCUAUUCACAGACCACACCCAUCAUCUUCUACCUCCCCACCCCCUGUCAUAUACUCCCCAAAACGGCCGAAAUUUGUGGUGAGGCCUCGACAGAGAAGUGAGACUAAUGCCAGUGAUAUUUCCACUGUGGGACUGAUAUGUAAGGAUGAAUCUGAGGAUGAGGAACAGAGGUCCAAGCAAUCAAGUCCUGAUGUUCCUAGUGAAAGCUAUGCAAUAACUACAGAAAAUCAGGAUCUUUGUUCAAGUAAAUCAUGGUCUAAGGUUUUUGCUGGAAUGUUGAUCAAUCCUGCUCACCUGCAGAGGAAGGAACUCAUUGGCACAGGUACUUUGUGCAAUGUGUAUUAUGGACUUUUAAGUGAAUCCAAUUCACAAAAUGAUAAAGAAGUUGCAGUUAAAACUCUAAGAGAUGGUAUGACUUCUGAAGCUGUUAAAACCUAUGUGGAAAAAGUACUUGCAGUAAAGGAUCUCCGACACCCAAAUCUGUUGACACCCAUGGGUGUUGUGCUGCAGCCUUCAUCCACACCUCAGGUGGUCAUGCCGUACAUAAAAUAUAAAGAGCUAAACAAGUUCUUGAGACAGGAACAGGAUCUUUCAUCUCAGCAAGUCAUAAACCUUGGUUGUCAAAUUGCUAAAGCAAUGGAUUAUCUAGCAACCAAAGACUGUGUUCAUAAAAACCUUAACUCAACUCACUGCAUGGUCRGUGAAGGUAACGAGGUCAAAGUCAUUUACAAUAGUCAAGUACCAAUCAUCAGUGAAGACAGCAAGAAAUGGAUGGCUCCAGAAUGUUUAAAUAAUUGCAUCUUUUCUCACAAGAGUGAUGUGUGGUCAUUUGGUGUAAUACUGUGGGAGAUGGCUAGUGCAGGUCAGCUACCUUAUCAAGAUCAAGACAGUCAAAGUCUGCUUGUAUAUCUCCUGUCUGGAAAUAGAUUACCACAGCCAGAAAAUUGUCCUGAUGAAUUAUAUUCUCUCAUGUUACACUGCUGGAGUUUAAGCCCCAAAGACAGACCAACAUUUGCAUGGUUAGUUGAACGUUUAGAUACAAUGCAUCAAAACCUCAACCAAGAAACAACAAAAGAAACAUCCACAGAGACAGUCUGUUAGGUCAUAUUAAUUCCAAAAGCAAUCAUUCAUAUAUAUUUACUAAACUAGCCAGAUUCAACAACACGAAUAUUUUCAAAGAAAAUUUAGCAGGAAUUUUCUAUUUUUGGAUAUAAGGCUAGAUAAAAUUAUAAAUACAAAACCAGAAUAUCGGUGAUUAGAUACAUUAUUGUAUCUAUUUGUCAUGUAAAUUUUGAAUAUUAUCUUGUGUAUAUUAUGUAACUAUACAUUUGUUAUAUAUAUGUAUUAUAUUUCCAAUAUUAAAUUAAGAUGUUAGAAAUAGGAGGAUAGCUAAAGUACUGUUAGUACAGUAGUAAAUAGAAAUAAUGAAAGCAAAGAUGACAGAGCAUUGCCUUAAUUAUUUAAUGAUAAUAGGAUAAGUAAUGUAAUGACUGUCAUGUGUUUGUAUUUAUACUUGAUUGUUAUGUUAGCUAUAUAAUUAUGAUAGAAGUCUAGAUGGAUGGAUGAAAGUAAAUGAUAUAAAUAUUUUGUAGGGCUCAAAAAUAUUUUUCUUAUUUGUCUUAGAGCCUAUUAAUUUAUUUGUCUAGAAUAAAAAUAACUUACUCUAAAUAGCCAAUACUAAGUAAACCAAUCAGGUUUGAAUAUUGACUUUGCAAGCUGAAGCAGCAAAAUAGUUUAACCUAUUUAUAACCAGCAUUUUCUGUUCACAAAGCAAAAAUUCAUUCUCAGGUGUCUAAGGUAUUGAUUAAGAUAUCUUUGGCAUGGUGUGAAGGAUCAGCAAAACCACUAGGUUUGUCUUAAAAAUAGUACCCUACUACAUAAAUAGUGCUAGUUAAACAAUAGAAAACAAUGGAAUUUGCAUGAAAUUGUGCUAUUUAGUAUUACUAAAGUUUCACGGAUUUACUGUGGUCACUCUAGUAGAGUACUAGCAUGUAAUAAUUUGUUUAGUUUGUUAUUACCCAAUAAUAGUAAUGGGUGAGGCAGAGAAAUAGAAUUUUGAUGCUGCAAAUCAAUUUUGUUUUUCUAGUUCGGGUUAUUUGUUAAAAGUACAUUGAGUAAUUUAUUUUUAUAACUAAUUGUCAUAUCAGUAAGAAAUGUUUUUGAAAAUAAUCAGUUCAGCUUGCAGAUCAGCACAUUUCAUUUAAAAUUUAAAUAAUUAAUAAAGCAUAAGAAUACGAAUUUGUUUGCUUGGGUUAUCAUUAGGUAUGUAGAAUUAAAGUAAAAGUCUUGGAAGUAAAAGUAGAACUAUAGUACUGUCUGUGAUUACUGCUUGUCGUAGGGAUAAUUGAAUAAAACAGGAUCAGAAUUCAUGAAAAAAUGAAUUUUGUUUUGCAAAAACUAUAUCUCAUCAUCACAUCGCUCUACACAGAUCUAUAAUGUUUAAUUAAACAAGCAAUAGUGUUUUAUUCAUCUUUUUCAAAUAGUAAAAUAAACCAAAGCUCUAUGAAUUGCUUGAAACGAUAUAGUCUGUCAUUCUUUUCAUUGCUGUCACACAUAAUAUACUUUGUAUGAGUGAUAUAAUAUGGCUAGACUAUGGUCAGUGCAGUGAGACUGCUUACUUAACAACUAAUUUUUUUAGUAUUCAGAAUUUACAGUCUUGUCUAACAAAUUUAAGGCAUUUUUUAAAAUUUUGAUGUCUUGACUUGCUAAUCUCAGAAAUUUUUUAGUGGCUUUCACACUAGUUUAGCAUCACUCUUUUAACUUCCUUUUACGACAGUAGUACACUAUGUAGUCAUUAUAUAGACAGUGGUUUACAUCUAUCCCAGACCUUCAGUCUGUAAAGCUUACAGAAAUAUAAGUAUUGCAGACUCAAGACAUGGGAAAGAUUUUACCCACCAGUCUUGUUUCCAGUUUUUCGUGAUGUGAAUCAUUGCAAGUUUUAUAAUAAUUAGUUCAGAACUGCAACCUUAAAAACCAAAUUGGCAAGAAAGAUGAAAUAGCAUAAAUAUAAAUAAGUCCAUUCAUUAUCUACUUUGUACAUAUAUGUUAUCAAAAUGUUAGUAUUAAAUUUUUCGGAAUAUAUUUAGCUUUUUUCUAUUAGCAUAAUUUCAGUAUCGUCCUAUAUGCUCUUUAUGAUAAACUUGCUAGCAAGUUUAUAUUGGAGAGACCCAUGUGUAGCCUGUUAUCCAGGCUGGUACAUUCUUAAGCAGGAAGUCAAGCAUGUAGGGUUGUUCAGCUCACCUUCGUGGAAUCGUUUACUCAUGCAGUUUGACGUGAAAUUCUUUUUGUUCAUCAACCUCAUGAGAAAUAAAAUGUGCCAACUACUGUAUAAGUAUGGAAGUGAGUACCCCCUCUCUCCGUGUAGCAAUGUUGUCUAACAGGCAUUUUACCAGCCUACCAAUAUAAAUCUUCAUGGAGCAACAUUGCUAAGGGAAGGGGAUGGAUAUUUUGUAAAAGAUCGUUUUUUUCCAUGGAGAGUUUAUAUUCACUUUAUCAUGCUCGCUGUUUAUACCAGAAAUGCAAACCUUUCAUGGGUACUCCGGCGAUUACAUUUUGUUUUGUACUUUACAACACAAACCCCAGAUGAAUAGGAGCUUUUAAUGCAUUCAGAUGUCAAAUUAUUGCAUAGCAAAAUCUAUGGGGUUGGUUCGCACUUAGUUUUUUUUUAUAAAGAUAUAACCUAACCUAAGCAUUUUCUUUGUAUUGCUAUCAGUUGCYAUGAUGAUGCUCGUGUAUCUGCAGUUCUUAUCUUAUGUUUGUGCUCAUGUUUAUACCAAAGUGUAGACCACACCUUGGACAAAUACAUUAGUUUUGAAUACAUCAAAGUGCCAUAGUUUUUCUGGGGUUUGUGCUGUAACUACAAAAAAAUGGACUUUCUGUUCGAGUUAUAGAACAUACAAUAUUGCAUUUUAUUUUUGUAAAUAUUGAUAUCGUAGAAUUGAAAUACUGAAGUGAAUACACAUUGAAUGUGUGCCACUUUGAAGCCUCGUGUGGCUGUGAAGUAAAGUAUUUAAGCCAUCCAUAAGGGAUAUUACUAAGUUUAUCAGACUUUAUUUCCUGGUUGUAAUUAUUAUCUAUGAAAGAAAAAUGGCUUUUGAUUAGGCAAAGUAAGUAAUUAUGUCAGUGGCACUGUAAAAAUGUUGCAUAGCACACUAAUAAAUGAACAAACAAUUAAAA